AUGCGAGCAAAGAUGCCGGCCCCCUUGGACCUCAGCAAAUCGAAGCUGUCGGUAUCCGAUCCGCGGAUGAACCUCCGACGAUCCGCUUCACAUACCGGCACUUCAAAGUGGGAAAAGGUUCCUCUGUCCGCCACUUCGUCCCGCUUCAGCUUCAACCAUCUUCUCUUCUCUUCUCCGCCACCAUCGCCGAGUCUGCCGGCCCUCAUCCCGCCGCCCCGGAAAUCACCGAUUCAUCCCCGGCCCAGUCGCGUUUUGCGUUAUACCUUUUGGGCGGCAUUCACGGUUUUGCUGCUGUACUUUGCGACUUUCCCAUUCCGAACCAUCUUCGGCGGCAUGCCGACGCUGAACUUGCCACAUCUUACCGGCCAUGACGACUUUGAGAUGGUUGGGCAGGAUGACUUGCCCGACUUUCCGACACCUAUCGUGAUUACCGACCACAGUGGAAGUUCCAAGUGGACUGUUUCGAUUCCCCCGAGUUACGACUUCCCGCUGUCAGUGAAGGAGUAUGGGGACAUGUGCAAAAAGUGCAAUGAAGUUGCUGCGCGUGUCAGAGACAUGCGCCACCGGACUCAGAUCCCCGAUCAGAACCUGCUUGGUCAUGAGGCUCCGAACGACCCAUACUUCAUCGAUGUGUCGGAAGCUCAAAAGUCUGGUCUUCUCCCGGGCGUUGCGGACGCUUGGUCGAGCAAGGGCCAAGGCCAUGACGGUGACCUGGUCGGAGAGAACAAGGACUCGCUGGUUGAGAAGCCCGUUUGUGAGAGCUCGAUGACGUUCAUCAUGGAGACGGCGGACGCUGGCAUCGGACAUACCAUCAUGCAGCUCUGGACCUUUUACGGCCUCGCCAAGAGACAAGGCAGGGCUUUCUUCAUCGACGACUCUCGCUGGGCGUACGGCAAGUACACCGACAUCUUUCAGGCGCCCGCGACUCCCAACUGCCGCCCUCCCCCGCGCCACGAGAUGAUUCCUUGCCCGCCUCGAGCUCGCCAUCUGGUCGUCACUUCUGAGACAGCAAAGGAGAUGUGGGCUGGAUCCCUGAGCAAGCCUCAUUCCGACUUCAGGGCACAGGACGACGAGGGACUUCGGGAGCUGUUUGACCUAGCUCACGAGGGCUACCAAGCACUCUGGUAUCUCAACAGGGACGACGCCACAUAUGUCGACAAGCGAGUCCAGGAGAUCAAGACGAAGGCGCACACCGACUCCAGCUCCAACAACGGCGCCGUUGUCGGAGUCCAUGUUCGCCACGGCGAUUGCCAUCCUCUUGAGUACCAAUAUCGUGGCACAUACAUCCCGAUGGAAAUCAUCGCCAACGCCGCUCAGGAGGUCAUCGACUCGAAGCACAACGACACCAGAGAUGGCGCUGAUGCCGAGAUCGCCAAGCGCCAGUCCUUCAUCGUUCUAGCCUCUGACGACCCGACUGUCUACGACUCUGAGGACUUCAAAGGUUCUAUGCGCGCGCAGGAGCAGAUCCGUCUGGCGUCCAAACAGGAGGUCCACAAGCCAACACCUGACAGGCACGUCAUGCACCGCUUCGAGGACGAGGCUUUCGGCUGGGAAGGCGGAUUCUUCGCCGCCAUGUUCUGGAACCUUGGUCUCUCCUCCAUGAGUGCCUCCAACGCAGCGACGGCCAAAAACAAGCAGCUUCCGCCUUCAGCCGAGGCGCUUCGUCUUCGAAGUUAUGUGGGCCGCGCCUACAUGAUGGAUCUCGCCGUCCUGGCCGGCUCGAGUGAUGCCGUCGUUUGCACCGUCAGCGCCAUGGGCUGUCGCCUACUGGCCGUCAUGAUGGGAUGGGAGCGCGCCAUCGAGUCCCAUCACUGGAUCAACGUCGACGGCCCCUACGGAUGGACCGGUCUUUCGUUUUGA